CGUGCUGUCGACCCUCGAUUCUCUGUACGGACCGCUUCUCCUCCGCGGGUCCAGAGUCGCUCUUGUAAACGGGAUUUGACGUGCCAGAGAAAGGUAUCUAUCUACCGUGGUUGUUCGGUCGUUGAGCUGAAAGAGGGUCCAAGUCAAAGUCAGAGUCAGGCCUCCGGUUCCGGGUGUGAAUUGUCUUCAUCGUCCCAUCAGCCGUCCACAAAACCGGUCAGAUUAUUACAUAAUAUUGUCUCCCGCGGCGCGCGCACGACUGAACACGGUUCGGUCUGGGAUCUUAUCGCGGGUCCAGCUCCCGCUCUCACUCUCACUCUCACUCUCACUCUCACUCUCGCUCUCUCUCUCUCUCACCUUCUCACUCCCACCCUUCUCACCUCUCACACCGCGAGCCCGGACAGACCCUCGGUGAAGAGUGAAAAGGGACGGACUGACAGCUCGCCAAGCCUUUAGGAGUAAAGUGGGAAAAAACCAAAAAGCGGGACGGACCACAGGGAAACAAAAAAACGAUGAGCACCGAGACCAUCUCUUUCCCCGGCGCCAAGUCGCCCGGCAUCACCAAUGUCACCCGCCACGCCUGGAUCACCUCGGACGACGUCGAGGCCGCCGAGUCGUCCCGGCGCGGGCCCUUUGAGCCGCACGACGACCACGACGGCGACUUCGUCACCACCACCGAGGACCGCGACCUGAAGCGCGGCCUCGAGCAGCGCCACCUGUCCAUGCUGGGUAUCGCCGGCGCCAUCGGCACCGGCCUCUUCCUCGGCCUCGGCGGCGCCAUCCAGACCGGCGGUCCCCUUGGCGCCCUGCUCGGCUACGCCACCGUCGGCCUCAUCGUCUGCUCCGUCCAGUUCGCCCUCGGCGAGGUCUCGGCCCUGCUGCCCGUCACCGGCUCCUUCGUCCGCCACGCCGAGUUCCUCGUCGACCCGGCCUGGGGCUUCGCCAUCGGCUGGAACCUCGUCUACGGCAACAUCCUCUCCAUCCCCUCCGAGAUCACCGCCAUCUGCGUCCUCUUCGAGUUCUGGACCGACCUGAACCCCUCCGUCUUCAUCGUCGUCUUCAUCGUCCUGACCUUCGUCGUCGGCAUUGCCUUCAUCCGCGUCUUCGGCGAGGUCGAGUUCUUCUUCGCCUUGCUCAAGAUCCUGCUCGUCGUCUUCCUCAUCAUCCUCGGCCUCGUCAUCGACCUCGGCGGCGUCCCCGGCACCCCGCGCAUCGGCUUCCGCUACUGGCAGAGCCCCGGCCCCUUUGUCGAGCACAUCGCCACCGGCGACUGGGGCAAGUUCCUCGGCUACUGGGGCGUCAUGACGAGCGCCGUCUUCUCCUUCGCCGGUGUCGAGUCCCUCGCCAUGGCCGCCGCCGAGACCCAGAACCCGCGCCGCGCCAUCCCCCGCGCCUGCAAGCGCGUCUUCGCCCGCAUCGUCCUCUUCUACAUGCUCGCCGUCCUCGUCGUCGGCAUGCUCGUCGCCAGCAACGACCCGCGCCUCGACGACGCCUACGGCACCGCCGCCCAGAGCCCCUUCGUCAUCGCCGCCUCCGCCGCCGGCAUCCCCGCCAUCCCCAGCGUCGUCAACGCCGUCGUCAUCACCUCGGCCUGGUCCGCCUCCAACCAGAGCCUGCUCGCCGGCACCCGUGUGCUGUUCGGCCUCGCCCUCAAGGGCCAGGCCCCCAAGAUCUUCCUCCGCACCACCGCCUGGGGCACCCCCUACGUCUGCGUCCUGCUCUUCACCUGCUUCAUGCUCCUCAGCUUCAUGAGCCUGUCCAACGGCGCGCUGACCGUCUUCUGGUGGCUCGUCGACCUGACCGCCGCCGGCGUGCUGGUGUCGUGGUCCGCCAUCCUGUUCAACCACAUCCGCCUUAAGAAGGCUAUGAAGAAGCAGGGAAUCGACUUUGCCAGGCUGCCCUGGAACAACUCGUGGACCUUCUACAGCUCACACGCCGCGCUGUUUAUGUGUAUCUUGAUCCUGUUCACCAGCGGUUUCGAGGUUUUCACCAAGGGCAACUGGAGCGCCAGCGGCUUCGUCUCGUCCUACUUGGAUAUCCCGCUCGUCACGCUGGCGUUCCUCAUCUGGAAGUUCGUCAAGAAGACCAAGGCCGUCUCGCUGGACAACAUCCCGCUGCACGAUGCUAUUGAGCAGGCUGAUGCGUAUCCCGAGGAGCCAGAAGUCAAGAAGACUGGCCCAAUUCGCUUCGUCAGCUGGCUCUGGGAGUGAUUCUCCACCCCGUACUCAGCCUCAGUCAUAACCUAAUAACGAUCCCAAUCUUGACGUUGGGAACCAUUAAUGAUGUAAACAUAUUUUCAACACAUACACUGUAUAUAUUAUUUACCUAGACACCCGGGAAGUAGAUCGGGCGCAAAC